UUGUAUUUUCAGCAGCGAAAAUUCCUGCAAUUCGUGACGGGCUCGCCGAAACUUCCGGUUGGCGGUUUUCGUUCACUGAAUCCGCCACUUACAGUUGUCAAGAAAUCGGGCUCUUAUGGCAACAGUGAUGUGGAACUCCCAUCUGCAAUGACGUGUUACAAUUAUUUGAAAAUUCCGGCAUACAGCAGUUAUGAAGUGUUCCAAAGUAGAUUUGAAGUGGCGCUGCGUUUUAUCUACAGUUUUCACCUGACAUAA